AUGCCAGAAGAAACAGCAAACUACAUUCACGGCCACCACGAAUCAGUCCUGCGGUCCCACUCCUGGCGCACUGCCCAAAACUCCGCCGCAUAUCUCCUCCCCUACCUCGAACCCCACAUGCGCAUCCUUGAUAUCGGAUGUGGGCCCGGUACUAUUACUUUUGACUUCGCCGAAUUGGUGCCCGAGGGAGAGGUCGUUGGAUUGGAGUAUGAGGGCGGGGUGCUGGAGCAGGCGAGGAAGGGAGCAAAGGAGAGAGGCUUGGGGAAUAUUGAGUUUGUGGUAGGUGAUGUUAAUGGGUUGGACUAUGCUGACAACACAUUCGAUGUUGUGCAUUGUCAUCAAGUUUUGCAGCAUGUCGGGGAUCCGGUGCAGGCGUUGAAGGAGAUGAGGCGGGUGGUGAAGCCCGGUGGUAUUGUUGCGGCAAGGGAAGCGGAUUUUAAUGGGUUUACGUGGUAUCCGGAGAAUGAGGGGUUGGAGCAUUGGCUUGAUCUCUAUAUCAAUGUCGCACGUGCGAACGGGGGUGAACCUAAUGCCGGCCGUCGUCUCCAUGUCUGGGCCCACGAAGCCGGAUUCCCUAGGAAAAACAUCAAAUGCACAGCCGGGACGUGGUGUUACGCUGACACCGAAGCUCGCGAAUGGUGGAGUAAUAUGUGGGCCGAUAGGACCUUGGGGUCAAUCUUUGCAAGGAAAGUUAUUGAGAGUGGACAGAUCACGCAGGAUGGAUUGGAAGACGUUGCAGCUACGUGGAGGGAGUGGGGAAAGCAGGAAGAUGGAUGGUUUGUGUUGCUCCAUGGGGAAGUUGUAUGUCGCAAGUGA